GGUUGGGUUGGGGCGUUGCGCGUUGUUUGAGUCAUUGACAAAUUCAUGAUUUUCUGGAGCAACUUGUGGCAAUAACAAAAUAAUAAAAUAAAAUCUCAUUGCUCUGGGGAGAAGUCAAUGACGGAAUAAUGAAGCAAGUGGUGAAGUCACUAGUCCUGUGCCUUAGUUUAAUAUUAAUCAGUGUGCCAUGGAGCCUCCAGGAUAAUCCACCAAGCAAUUGUACAAUUCCCGAGGGGGUACGUGGAACGUGGUUCUCCUGGGAGAACGGCAGGAACACCCUGAAUGACAUAGAUGCAAAAACCAUGUCGAACCGAGGGACCUGCAUCGCGAUGAGAGAGGACAAACGUCUGCACUACACCUUCCUCUUCAAGAAGGAGACGUGCUACCACUGCGUCAAGCUGACAGUCCAGACAGUGAAUGUCCUGGAGAAACUAGAGUUGCCCUCCUGCGUGAAUCUUCCCUCAAAUGUCGAGGCAACAAUCGACGAUAUCUGCAGUGGAAUCCACCCUGAUCAGCAGUACAUCACCCUCUUCUCCGAGAAUCCCAAACCCAUCAACUGUCGAUCCUCCCUGGAGGGUGUCUGGCAAUUCGCCUACCAGAACAGAUUCAGAUUCACCGGUGAAUGCAACAAUCCAGAUGCUCAGAUAAAAUCAUGUCAAACCGCUGGAACGCAGUUCCUCAUAACAAAUCAGAAAUUCAACAUCACCUACAAAAAAUGUGCUAACAUGAAGGGAACUUUUGAUGGAGUGGUGGAGUACAGCUGUCUAGGGGACUGGUUCGUCGGUAAAAAUCACUUUUUCGCUGUAGCCAAUACCAAGGAGUCCAGGAAAGACGAGAAGUACAGGUGCUUCCUGAAGAAUCGAGACGACGACCUCUACAUCGGUGUUUCAAUCACUGCGGAGUGCAAUACCCUGAAGACUCCGGAGAAGAGCCCCGAGAGGUUGAGAAUUACUCCUGUGAAGACCGAGGUAGUGGUACCUGGCUGCAGACUCCCUCAGAAUAUGUCUGGGGAGUGGAUUAACACCGCAAACAUUGACGCUGAUAUAUCGAUAAAUGAGACUCACAUAACGGAGGAGUGGCAUCCUGAUGAGGGUAGAAACAGGAAGACAAUAUAUAUCUGCAGGGAGCAGAGGGACACCAGAUUUAUGAUGGCUAGGUUGACCGUCGAUGGUUGCCAGAAGGACUACAUCUGCUUCGACUUUGUCCCACAGCAUCACAACGUUAUCAGAUUCAGGCGAGGCGUAGCAGUAAUUCAGGACGACUUCCACACGGUGUGUUCAUGGGUGCGAUUCAACAAAAAUCCUGGAUGGAAAUACGAUCUGUACCUGGCGAAACGCCCGGUGCCCGUAAGGUGUCCAGUCGCUGGAAAAUACAUGUUCAAUCAGAAAGGAGAGAUUCCAUUCGAGACGAGAAUCCUGGGUGGUGUUACACUGUCGCCGAGGCCGACGUUCGUCUGCCAGAAGAAUAUCUCGGAUUUCUCAGUGUGUGGAGGUGAUCAGAAGGAAAUUGCCAUCGACGAGAACUACUGUCUGUCAGUGGAUCACCUGGGGAGACCUGUCGACAUCUACAGCGAGCCUGAUUACAAGAUGAAGUGCAUCGGUUUCUGGAAGGAGAACCUCAAGUCUUAUCUCAUUACUUACGACGAGCUUGAUCCCUACAGCAAGUACAGGUGCUGGGUUUACCAGAGGGCUGACUUAAACAGAGUCCUCAUGUCCCAAGCCAUUGGGCCUUACUGCAGUAUCAAUCAGGAUGUUACGAGCAGUAACUGGACUGAGGGGGCAGCUGUUGCUAUUGAUAUGACAGAGUACGAAAGAGAGAGGGACCAGUGCCCCAUGUACUUCGAUGAUGGAAGCAAUCCCUGGGCCAAGAGCGAGAAUCGUAUCAAGGUCUUCAGGUUUGGAGUCAGCUCCAGUUCACUGACGACGUCUUCUGAACUCUUUUCACUGUUUCUAGGAGUCACUGCACUCCUCUGGACUCAAUACGGAACCUCUUCAGGUUCUUAAUCCAAUCUCGAGGGAAUUACAAUGAGUGCAUUUUAUUUUCAUUCCAAUUAUCGAUGAAUAUCUGGAGAAUAAGCAGAGAUAACGGAUUUUUUAUGGGAAUAUUUUUUUUAGCUCACACUUCGGUCUACAAAAAAGAUUCCUAUGAAAGUUUCUCUAUCUCUCUUCGGUUACGAGAUAACCAGCGGCAAUUGGCUCUAGGUGAAAUACACUUAUCGUAAUUUACCAAUGCAAAACACAAAUAUAAUCAAUAUUUGAUUACCAUGAUUAUCAGAUUAAAUUAUCAUCAGAGAACGUUUCAAACAUUUGAAAUAAUCGUCCUCGUGGGUUCUUUCUGAAGAUAUAGUGAUUAAAAUAACUACUCCGUCCAUUUUUAGCAAUAAUAGAUAAAUCGUAAUUAUAUUAAUGAGAGUUGUUGCUCGAACGAUGAAUCUCAUGAGAAAUUAUGGAAUAUAUUUUACUCGGCUUGUUGAA